CGCAGCUGACUUUGAUUUCUUGCAAGCCUACUUUGGGAAAGAUUUGUGGAGGGAGAAGACUGUUGGAAUCAAAGCUUCAGUCUAAUUGAAAAUGGCAGAUGACAUUAGUUUUCAAGAACUGGACAAUGAUGGGUCAGAAAAUGAAGAAAUGGAGAUUAACGUUAAUGUUGGCGGAGUAAGGCAGGUGCUGUAUGGAGACCAGCUAAACCAGUAUCCAGACACGAGACUGGCAGAGCUUGUGAACUGUUUAUCUGGGGGAUAUGACACUAUUUUCUCACUCUGUGAUGACUAUGAUCCUGGAAAGAGAGAAUUUUACUUUGACAGAGAUCCGGAUGCUUUUAAAUGCAUCAUUGAUAUCUAUUACUUUGGGGAGGUUCACAUGAAGAAAGGCAUCUGUCCUAUUUGUUUCAAAAAUGAAAUGGAAUUUUGGAAAGUGGAUCUUAAAUUCCUGGAUGACUGCUGCAAAACUCAUCUCAGUGAAAAAAAGGAAGAACUUGAAGAGAUUGCCCGUAGGGUCCAGUUGAUUCUGGAUGAUUUGGGAAUGGACACCUCUGAAAACAGCUGGAAAAAGUGCAAAAAAUGCAUCUGGAAAUUCCUGGAAAAACCAGAAUCAUCGUACCCGGCUAGAGUCGUAGCUGUCAUGUCUUUUCUACUCAUCCUAAUCUCGUCGGUAGUGAUGUGUUUGGGAACCAUCCCAGAACUGCAAGUGGUGGAAUCUGAUGGAAAAUCAGUGGAGCACCCAGCUCUGGAUAAGAUUGAGACGGCCUGCAUCAUCUGGUUCACCCUUGAGUAUGUCCUCAGGCUUCUUUCCUCUCCCAACAAAUUGCACUUUGCCCUGUCUUUCAUGAACAUCAUCGACAUUUUUGCUAUAUUUCCUUUCUACGUCAGCCUGAUACUGACACACCUGGGCACCAGGCUCAUGGAAUUAACCAACGUGCAGCAAGCCAUUCAAGCCCUGCGGAUCAUGAGAAUCGCAAGGAUUUUUAAACUGGCUCGCCACUCCUCGGGUCUGCAGACCUUGACCUACGCGCUUAAGCGAAGCUUUAAGGAACUGGGGCUUCUCCUGAUGUACUUGGCUGUUGGGAUCUUUGUGUUUUCUGCCCUUGGUUAUACAGUGGAGCAAAGUCACUCGGAAACAUUGUUCAAGAGCAUCCCCCAGUCUUUUUGGUGGGCCAUCAUAACUAUGACCACCGUGGGUUAUGGGGACAUCUACCCAAAAACUACACUGGGGAAGCUCAAUGCUGCCAUCAGUUUCCUCUGUGGGGUCAUAGCCAUCGCACUGCCAAUCCACCCCAUUAUUAAUAACUUCGUCAGGUAUUACAAUAAGCAGAGAGUUUUAGAGACAGCUGCCAAGCAUGAACUGGAACUGAUGGAACUAAGUGCAGGCGAUAAGAAAAGUGGAAGCCCCAACGAUAAACCUGCAUAUCUUUGGGGGAAAGAAAGGGAAGAUCACAGAUGGAGCAGCCGUGUCAAAUUCUCCUACAGCGAUACCUUCAUCCAUCUCCUGUCAGAUGAGAACCACCAGCGAACUAGGCUUCAGAGCUGUAAGUAGCUUGUGAAUUUGUCCUCAUUCAGCAGAAGCCUGGAAUAAGACUGGCAAUCUCACCCUGAAAUAAUAAAAGGGACUUCCUUGAGGUCAGCCUCACUUUCCCACAUGCACGCAUGCACACACACAAAACCCUCAGCAUCCCUAUCUUGGUUUAGUAAGCCCUUCUUUAUAUAACCCAUGAGAACACAAUGAAUGUAUGGCUGGAUAUAAUGAAUGCAUCCUGACCUCAGUCCCUUUGAAAUUAUUUCAGAGGCCAAGACAACCAACAACAACAUCAGUCAAUGUAUCAUGAUUUGGAUGUGAAGACUUAUAAAGUCACGAUGUAUAUAUAGUAACAAUAAAGAAAAAAAGAGGAAAAAGAUCAAACAUGCAUGCUGCGUAAGCGUUCUCAAACGUCUCUCUGGUUUGAAAGUGCUGCCU